AUGUUCUUCAAGCUCUCCUCUGCCGUUGUGCUAGCGAGCUCGUCGCUUGCCAUCCUUGCUGUCGCCUCUCCUGCGGACCUCUCUGAGAGGCAGUUGGGAAGCUGCGGCAGCGGCCUGACGUCUCAGUGCUGCUCGAGCACCUCCUCUUCGAGUGACCAACUCAUCAGCACCAUCCUCGGACUGCUUGGCGAGCUCCCCGUAGCAGGCUCGGUCAUUCCGGUUGGCCUUGGGUGCAGCUCCUCCCUGCUCGGUUGCAGUGGGGACCUGCUGUGCUGCAGCAGCACUUCAGCUACUGGAGGUCUUCUUACCGGAGUCACCGGUGAACUCGGCAUUAAUUGCCUGCCUCUCGCUGGCUCUCUUCCCGUCGUCGGCAGCGGCGGUCUUUGA